GAGGGAGCGGGGAUAAGCGAGGGAGGAGGGGGAAACCGAAGAUGCUCCUGCUGCGCGGCGCCAGGGCGGCGUCGGCGUGGGCGGCAUCCACCGCGGUGUCCGCAGGCGCCAGCAGCAGCAGGUCCAUAUCCAUUCGGCUGGCCCCCGUCGCCGCAUUGUCCUCGGGCGGAAGGAAGAGGAAGGGCCAGCGGCGGGGCGAGGCCAAGCCCCCGAGCCCGCCGCCGCCGCCGCCCCUGCCUCGGCAGGGCGAGACCCCGAGCAGCAAGAAGAAGUCCGGCGCGAGGCCGUCGGGCGAGGGAAAGAAGAGCCGCUUGGUGGAGCUGGAAGAAGCGCGCGGCCCGCGGAGGCCGGAGGGCGGCGAGGCGAGGAAGGGGAAUACGCAGCAGCAGCAGCAGCAGGAGGAGAAGGCGAAGGCGAAAAGGCUGGUGAAGUGGAAGUGCGCGAGCGGGUGCGGUGCGUGUUGCAAGCUAGACAAGGGGCCCGACUUCCCUAUUCCCGACGAGAUCUUCGCCGACCAUCCCGAUGACCUCCAGCUGUACAGGAGUAUGAUCGGCUCUGAUGGAUGGUGCAUUAACUACGACAAGGCCACCCGCACCUGCAACAUCUACCAAGACCGACCUUCCUUCUGCAGGGUGGAACCAAAGAUUUUUGAUGAAUUAUUUGGCGUGCCACGCAGCAGAUUUGACCGGGAAGCUUGCAGUGCUUGUGUGGAUACCAUCAAGAUGGUGUAUGGUGAUGACUCUGCUGAACUCAGUAAUUUCAAGCGUGUGAUAAGGGAGGAAAGUAACAAGCUGGAAAGCAAGAACCAAGAUACAUUGUUGGAUGCAUAGAUCCUGCAUGGAUCUGCAAUAGAAUCUACAGCACACCACAUUAUAUGCGAAGGUAAAAUUGAGAAGUGAACAAUGCUCUUAGGUUAAGGUGGAAAAUGGAACAUCUUGAGGGAAAUACUCAGUGCAAGCUUCAGUUCUGAACACGUCCUUGAUUCUUUUAGUCAAGCUUGGUGUGUUCAGAAGUCUGUGGUGUUUUUUUUGUAUAUAUAGAAAAUUGUUAGCAGGCAAGAGCAUUUCAGUUGAUUUUGUUGGUCCCAGACUUAUCAUUUGAUUGCGGUCCUAGUACUUGAAUUUUUGCUGCGUGCCUAAAGUCGUAUGCCUAUUUCAUCUGUACUAUCAGAGAAAUGCUAGUUCUUUUAAUCAACAACAGUUUUUUUUGUCU